ACCGCCCAUUGCUUCCAUUAUCAACCCAUUUUCUCAUCGUCUUUCUCGUCUCCGAGUUCCGUUCCUCUUCAAAGCCUGAGCCGUAGAGAGAUCCGAGAACCACAGCGUCCUUCACCGUCUUGAAUCCAUCCAUCUCUCGUUUGGUUCAUGGAUCUUGGAUUUGUGUUGAUGUUUUUUAGGUUUUCUAGGGUUUGAGGAUUGUAGGGAUGGGGCUCACUUUCACGAAGCUCUUCAGUCGGUUGUUUGCCAAGAAGGAGAUGAGGAUCCUCAUGGUUGGUCUCGAUGCUGCUGGUAAGACCACCAUCCUCUAUAAGCUCAAGCUUGGAGAGAUCGUCACUACCAUCCCCACUAUCGGAUUCAAUGUUGAGACGGUGGAGUACAAGAACAUUAGCUUCACCGUUUGGGAUGUCGGUGGCCAAGAUAAGAUUAGACCUUUGUGGAGGCACUACUUCCAGAACACCCAGGGUCUUAUCUUUGUGGUGGACAGCAAUGACAGGGAUCGUGUUGUUGAAGCAAGGGAUGAGUUGCACCGGAUGUUAAAUGAGGAUGAGUUACGUGAUGCUGUUUUGCUUGUGUUUGCAAACAAGCAAGAUCUGCCCAAUGCAAUGAAUGCUGCUGAAAUCACUGAUAAACUUGGUCUGCAUUCCCUGCGUCAGCGUCACUGGUACAUCCAGAGCACUUGUGCUACGUCUGGCGAGGGUUUAUACGAGGGGUUGGACUGGCUCUCUAGCAACAUUGCAAACAAGGGUUGAGAUGCUUGCCAGAGUGUGUGGUCAAGUGUGUUGGAAAUGGGAUAUAUAACUCAACUUGUGUUGUGAUCCAAGUCAUUGGGUUGCUGCAAUGAUUCUACUUUUUUUUUUCUUGUUGUAGUCGUUGGUGCAACUGUGUUUCUGGUUGAUGUCUAGUAUUUUUGUUUCUUAAUAUGUUGUUGGUGGUACAUGGAGUACUUUUUUUUUUGGUUGAAGUGUUAUAUGUUUUCAAUUUGUGAUUAUUAUCUUAA